UUCUGCGCCGGAACGUUCGCCUCGCGCCCGUUCCUAUUUGUAUUUACGUAACACUAGCCUCACUCCGCUAACGUACUCCUACUCAACCUCCAAAUGCUAUUCCAAGCACCAGCCUUUCACGCCGCUGCGCUACUUCGUCACACGGGCUCUCCUACACCGAACGCUACCCGCCUCACUCACGCAGACCUCAGGUGCCCCGUAGAGCUCCUCGCCACGCCACUCGAGACGUCAACGAUGCCCGUGCAGUCACCACCCAUCCGCCUCCGCGCCCACGUCAGCCUCCGCGCCCACCUAAGCCUCCGCGCCCACAUCAGCCUCCGCGCCCACCUAAGCCUCCGCGCCCACAUCAGCUUCCGCGCCCAUAUCAGCCUCCGCGCCUAUAUCAGCUUCCUCCACCUCGUCUCCCAGACCUGA